UAUUUUGUUAAAAAUUGUGAUGAAGCAUUGAGCGAAGUAGAGGAGGAAGAGGGAUACGUUGAGCGUACGUAGAAAUAUACGGAGAGUGAAAAGCAUGCGUAUAUCUCUCUAAACCUCACUUAUUCUUACAACGAAGUGGUUUCCGCAAAGAAGAAGUUGUAGUUGGCAUUUCGCAAUGCGCAACACUCGCCGCAGCCGAUGAAGAUCUCCGCCGACUCCACGCGUCCGCCGCGCCCAUUGCCGCCUCCCAAAACCCUACCUCCCUCGCCGGACUCUGAUCUCCAGCUGCACCGCCGCCGCCGCCACCCCCGAACUCCGGCCAGCCGAUGGAGGCGGACUGCCGGAAAGCGCAGCAGGCCUGAGACUCCCCUGUCCAAGUGGAAGAUCCACGACGGCAGAGAGAGGACCGCCGCCGGAGGCCACGGCGAUCCGCUCGAGGAGCUCGCCCGGGAGAAUGAGGCGACGCUGCCGCCUCAAGCCGUGUCGGCGAGGAAGCUCGCCGCCGCGCUGUGGCGGAUGCAGCUUCCGGAAGCGGUGGAGUGUGACGGCGCAAGGCGGAGGGGUUCGAGAAAGAUUGGUGGAGAUCGUUUGGGAUUGGGAGUUCAGCAUGGAAUUGGCCAUGUAGACCACCAAUUUCUCAGCCAUCAAAGUGGCAUGAUGCAUGGUUCUGCUACGAAGAAUUCAUCACAAAGUCCUCAUUCUAUUUCUGGGAUUAAGAAUGGACACUUUUGUGAGCUCAAGCCUUCUUUACAGUUUACCAGUACAGCAAUGGAGGGGGCAACAAAGUGGGAUCCUGUUUGUUUAAAAAUAUCAGAUGACGAGCAGCAUAUCUACAGCCAAAUGAAACUACUGGACCAAAAGGUUAGCACCGUUUCUGCUGUAUCUGCUCUUGAAGCUGAACUAGAGCAGGCUCGUGUACUGAUUCAGGAGCUUGAGACUGAACGCCACUCCUCCAAAAAGAAACUCGAACAUUUUUUAAAGAAAGUUGGUGAAGAAAGGGCCUCAUGGCGAAGCAAAGAGCAUGAGAAAAUCCGCGCUUAUGUUGAUGACAUUAAAUCAGAGUUGAGUCGAGAAAGGAAAAGUCGCCAGAGGAUUGAAAUUGUCAAUUCCAGGUUGGUUAAUGAGUUGGCAGAUGCUAAGUUAUUAGCAAAAAGGUACAUGCAGGAUUACGAGAAGGAAAGGAAGGCUAGAGAAUUGAUUGAGGAAAUUUGUGAUGAGCUUGCUAAGGAAAUUGGAGAAGACAAGGCUGAAAUUGAAGCUAUGAAGAGGGAAUCUAUGAAACUUAGGGAAGAAGUGGAAGAAGAGAGAAAGAUGUUACAGAUGGCUGAAGUAUGGCGUGAAGAACGUGUUCAUAUGAAAUUGAUUGAUGCAAAAGUUGCUCUUGAUGAGAAGUACUCACAGAUGAAUAAACUAGUAGCAGAUUUGGAAACCUUUCUCAAAUCAACAAAUGUGAACCCAAAUGCUAAGGAGAUGAAAGAGGCACGGUCACUUCAACAGGUUGCAGCUGCUGUAGACAUUAAGGACAUCAAGGGAUUUUCAUAUGAGCCACCUAAUCCAGAUGAUAUUUUUUCCAUUUUUGAAGAUGUAAAUUUUGGGGAACCUGACGAGAGGGAGAUUGAACCAUGUGUUACUUACUCUCCAGUGAGUCAUGCCUCAAAGAUUCACACAGUGAGUCCUGAAGCCAACUUGAUUAGUAAGGAUAACUUUCAAAGAUGUUCUGAUGUAUUUAUGGAUGACAAUGGUGAUAUAGAAGAUGAAAGUGGAUGGGAAACUGUGAGCCAUGUUGAGGAUCAAGGAUCAAGUUGUUCACCCGAAGGGAGUGCCCUAUCAGUGGCAAGGAAUCAUCGAGAAAGUGAUGUCUCAGGGAGGAGUGUGCUUGAAUGGGAAGAUAGUGCAUGUGGAGAGACUCCAAUAACAGAAAUCAGUGAAGUCUGUUCAGUCCCAACUAAGCAAUCCAAGAAGGUAUCCUCCAUAGCAAGGCUUUGGAGGUCUGGCCCAAACAGUGGGGAUAAUUACAAGAUAAUCUCUGUGGAGGGAAUGAAUGGUAGGCUUUCAAAUGGAAGGGUAUCUAAUGGGGGCAUAAUGUCUCCUGACUGGGGACUUGGUAAAGGUGGACUAAGCCCCCAAGACCUUCUAUGCCAGUUGAGUUCUCCAGAGUCAGCAAAUCUGCAUAAUCGAGGAAUGAAAGGAUGCAUUCCUCGCACCGUGCAGAAGAGUAGUUUGAAAGCCAGACUUUUGGAGGCUAGGAUGGAAAGCCAGAAGGUUCAGUUGCGCCAUGUUCUUAAACAGAAGAUUUAGAUAUGAGCACACAGACAGAGAUUCCUUACCUGUAUAACUGAAGAUUCGCCCACAAGCUGCAGUUUUGUUUUGAAUUGUGAAAGUACAAAUCUACUGCUUCAAGAAAAACUGCUCAGAAAUGAUGGGGGGGGUCAUGAAUAAAUGCACUUUUCCUGCCUCGGACUUUGGUGGCCAUGUUUCAGUUGUUGAACAUCACUCAUAUUUAAAGCAUUGAGCAGAUAAUCUUUCAUCCCCUUGUGCCAUGCCUUAUAUCCUUCUAUCAUGACCAGCCUUGCUUCAUUUUGUUUAGUUGCCCUAUAAAAGUUCAGAGAAGCAUGUUGCUUGUAUUUGUAAUUUAAGUCUGAGGACAAAUAUGUAGGGAAACCAAAUCAUCAUAAGGUAUAGAUGAAGCAUUAUCUUUUUAGCAAUUUAA